AGCGUGUUCGACGGCUCCGGCCUCCCUCCGUCCUCCGGCAGCCAAAGUGUCACCUCCCCGACCGUGUUCGCUGUGGGCGGAGCUCCGGGCGCCGCCGGGUCUCCGGGACCCAAACGGAGCGGCUCGGGAACCGGGAACACGCUGAAGCGCUGGUUGACCAGUCCGGUCCGCAGGCUGAGUCAAGGAAAAGCUGACGGACAGAAGAAACCUCCAAUCAGAACCAGGAGGCGGGACAACCGGCCGGAGCUGGCCACGCCCCUCACGGGCAACACACAGGCGAAGGCGAGGAAGGAGGAGGCGGGGCAUAGCGGCGGGGAGGAGGAGCCAGAGGAGGAAGGCCCCACCCCCUUGCCGCCACCGAUGCAGAUCAUCAAAGACCCGAACAACCCCGAGGCGCUGGACUCGGAUCAGGGAUCGAACGAGUCGGACACGGAGCAGAGAAACAAGGCGCUGAGAGGACGAAUGUUCGUCGUUAACGAGAUGGUCCAAUCAGAGAAGGACUACGUGAAGGACUUGGGGGUGAUCGUCGAGGGCUUCAUGUCGCGGCUGGAGGUCAGAGGAAUCCCGGAGGACAUGCGGGGAAAAGACAAGAUCGUGUUCGGCAACAUCCAGCAGAUCUACGACUGGCACCGCGACUUCUUCCUGGUGGAACUAGAACGUUGUGUCCAGAACCACGACCUCCUGGCGGACCUCUUCAUCAGACACGAGCGGCGUCUGCACAUGUACGUGGUUUACUGUCAGAACAAGCCGAGGUCGGAGUUCAUCGUCAUCGAGUACGAGACCUUCUUCGAGGAGAUCCAGCACGAGAUCAGCUGCCGGAUGUCCAUCAGUGAUUAUCUGAUCAAACCGAUCCAGAGAAUCACCAAGUACCAGCUGCUGCUUAAGGAUUUCCUCAAGUAUACGUCCAAAGCAGGACUGGACUGCGAGGAGAUCGAGAAAGCUGUGGAGCUGAUGUCACUGGUUCCCAAACGCUGCAACGACAUGAUGAACCUGGGACGCCUGCAGGGAUACGAGGGGAAGCUGACGUCUCAGGGGAAGCUGCUGCAGCAGGAGACCUUCUGCGUUUGGGAGCAGGACGGAGGAGUUCUGUCUCGCAGCAAAGAGCGAAGGGUUUUCUUGUUCGAGCAGAUCAUCAUCUUCAGCGAGCUCCUGCGUAAAGGCUCCAACAACCCGGGGUACCAGUUCAAGAACAGCAUCAAGGUGAGCUACCUGGCGAUGCAGGACAGCGUGGACGGCGAUCCCUGUAAGUUCGUGUUGUGGUCUCGCGGCUCGGCGGAACGCUUCACGCUGCAGGCGUCCUCCAGCAGCAUCAAGAUGACCUGGGUGGAGACCAUUGCCGCCCUGCUGGACGCCCAGAAUAACUUCCUGUCAGCGCUCCAGUCUCCCAUCGAGUACCAGAGGAAGGAGGGCGGGAUCUCGGUGACCCGCCCACUAUCAUCAGGGCGACCUCCCUCAGCCCCGCCCACUCCGAACGGCCACGCCCCACAGCCGCCUCCAGACAGCGAGCAGGACGACCAGGAGCUGGUUCUGGUGCUGCAGGACUUCGUGGCAGUUCGGGAGGACGAGAUCUCGGUGUUUCGGGGGGAGAAGGUCCAGAUCCUGGCGUCCAACCAGCAGGGUCAGAGUCUGGUGUACCGGCCGGCGAACAGCGACUCUCCGGCCGCCGAAGGCUGGGUGCCGCGCAGCGUGCUGAACACACACUGACACACACACACAGGAGCAAACACACCGACAGCAGGGUCAGAUUCUGGUUUACUGUCAACACACACUGACGAGCACUCCAGGUACCAACCAACAGGGUCAAAGGCAAGUCGGGGACUCGUAGACCCGCUGAAGAUGGCCACGUCCGCCUGUCCGACACUCCGGUCUCAAAAAAACGUCUGCAUGUUUCCUCAAGGCUGAACUGAAGCUCAUCACGUCUGUCUUCUUAUAGAUCAUCUCAGAAACAAAGCGUUACUCCAGUAAAGUUUUUAGCUUUGGUCUUAAGUUUUACAAAACACUGACUAUUAAACGGACAGUGUUCACGUGGAAGGACAGAAGGGUGUCGAUACAUAAAACACCAGAAAGAUAUUCAGUUUACUGUCAUACGAGUCAAAGAAAAGCAGAAAACACUCCGUUUUUAGAAGGUGAAAGUGACACCAAAACUUGAUUUAAAUGAUUACCUGAGGUAUAAAACAGCCGACCAAUAGCAACUAACGCUUAUUGAGACAAAUGUUUUGGUUUUGGGAUGGACAGGAAGGAUCUAUUCAGACUCUCGUGGACUUGGGGAGAGUUCGUGUCAUACUAACCCGACUGGACCACCGUGUACUGUAACGGCAGCCAUUGAGGUCCAAUCAUCUAAUAUUUUACAGAAUCGUCCGAGAACUAAAACAUCUUUCUGUAGCUGAACACGAUUGUUCUUUUCUCUAAACGUCCUGAGGUUUAUCGUGCGGCCCUUCAAAGGGGACCUGAGCCUUAUGUUGGGAACCGGACAGGUGGGCGGAGCCACACUUCAGGCUCGACAUUCUUCACUGGAAUAAAAGACCGUUUUCCACUGCAGGAACUUACGAGCUGAACUUCUGUUUGUGUUCCGACCACAGGAACCGUUCCCUGUUGUAACCGAUCGUCAGCAGCCUUUCUGAUCAAUAACUGAUGAGUCAUUAGAACAGUUGAAGGACAGACGACGUUGUUCCAGCUUGCUUUUAUCCAUCGGCAUGUGCGGUUAGCCACAGUGCUCGCUGUCCUGCUGGUCUCCAGUUCAUCUUGAAUUCAAGAGCUCUGGCCAGAGGUCAUUAAGCAUCACAGACGUCUUUGUCAUGGUGCCCAUUAGCUAGCUAGCUCGCUAGCUAAACCCUGAAAAUGCUCUCUGCUGCCAACAUGACCUGCCCAUAGUCCAGCUGACCACUUUCUCGGGUAACUAUACUAGUGAACACAAAGAGGCUCCACCCGAUGGAACAUCCAGGUACUUCGGUUUGUACCGGACGUCAUUAAGCAUCACAAAAGUCUUUGUCAUGUUGCCUGCUACUAGCUAAACUCAGAAAUUGCUUUCUGCUCGCCCACACCAACUAGUCCGAGGGUCCGCCUCCUCUACAGUUUUAAACACAUCAACGAGCAAGUUGUUUCUGAUGUCUCAGCGUCGUCGACCAACAGCUUCUUCUCCUGCAACCUAAGACCCAGUCUGCUAACAUAGCAGACCUCCGUUGUUCUAACCUGAACCCACAGAACUGGAGUUACGUCCAGUGUCUGUUAUUGGUAAGGCUGACCUGGGGGCUGUUCCUGUGAGCGUCGGCGCCACCUCGAGUUCCUGCAGCGGUCAAACGCCUGAUGACUGAAUGUUUCCAGAUCGGUAUUGAACGACGGACACACAAACACACACAUUCCCAGCAGCAGGUACUGUUAAACUCCUCCCUCCUUCCUGGUGCUUCAACAUUCAACCAAAACACACCGACCUGCCCCCCCGCUUCCUCCGUCCUCACCUCGUCCAAUCAGACGUCUGGACGCCCCCAGCAACCAAUCACACACUGAUGACUACACAAACAGGGAGGGAGGCCCCAUGACCACAACAUCACCUCCACCGCCGCCACCGCCCAUCAGAACUUGACUCCAGGAAGCUGCCGUUGCCUAGCAACAAGAGACAGUUUUAAAAAAAAUGAUAAAAAAUUUAAUAAAAGCCUCCUGGAGGAGAAGAAGAGGUGAAAAGACCCGCCGGCCAAUCAGAACUGAGCUGUCUGUCCUGUUACAUAGUGUGUAUAAACAGACUGAGGACACACACACACACACACUGCACACACACACACACCACUGCUAUGAUGAAGAUGACGAUGAUGAUGAUGAUUAUGAUAAUUAAGAAUAAUACGAGUCUGUUUUUCACCUCAAUAGAGAGAAAAAAACUGUUUGUCAUAUUAAUAUUUGUGUGUGCGUGAGAGAGAGAGCGUGUUAGUGA